GACAGCUCGUCAGGAGCCCAACGCCCUGACCUGCCGCUGCCCGCCGCCGCCGGUUCUUGCAGCCGCUCCGCGAUCCUUGCUCCUCUGCAGACAGCACCGUCUCGGGCUGCUCGGCUUGUCCAGCUCCUGUGGCCACCGCCUCGGCGUCUCCCCCCCCCCCGGCCCUCGUUCCCCCAAUGUCUGACUCUGACUCCCGGACUGAGAAACGCAAGAAAAAAAGACCAAAUGGCAAAGCAACCUUCCGAUGUAAGUUCUGAGUGUGACCGAGAAGGUGGACAGUUGCAGCCUGCUGAGAGGCCUCCCCAGCUCAGGCCUGGGGCCCCUACCUCCCUACAGACAGAGCAGCAAGGUAAUCCCGAAGGCAGUCCCGAAGGCGAAGGGGACCGCUGCCCCCAAGGCAGCCCUCAGGGCCCGCUGGCCCCACCGGCCAGCCCUGGCCCUUUUGCUACCAGAUCCCCGCUUUUCAUCUUUGUGAGAAGAUCUUCCCUGCUGUCUCGAUCCUCCAGUGGGUAUUUCUCUUUUGACACAGACAGGAGCCCGGCACCCAUGAGUUGUGACAAAUCAACACAAACCCCAAGUCCUCCCUGCCAGGCCUUCAACCAUUAUCUCAGCGCAAUGGCUUCCAUGAGGCAGUCUCAGGAAGAGCCUGCAGAUUUGCGCCCAGAGAUAUGGAUCGCCCAGGAAUUGCGGCGUAUUGGAGACGAGUUUGAUGCCUAUUAUCCAAGGAGGGUAUUUUUGAAUAAUUACCAAGCAGCCGAAGACCAACCCCAAAUGGUUAUCUUACGGCUGUUACGUUACAUCAUUCGCCUGGUGUGGAGAAUGCAUUGACGGAGUCUCUGCAAAGCCAAGCCAUUGCAGACAUUGCGCUUGUUCAGCUGACAAGCCCCAGUACUGCGUGCGGUCUCUUGGUCUUGUGCUGCCAUCACCUUGCAGCGGCUGAGGGCAGGCCACAUGCUCAGAAGACACUGCACCAUGUUGGAUGUGAACUUGGAUCUUCCUGUUGGUCACCCCAGGCAGAAUUUCCAUGGGAAGUUAGUUGUGAAUGUAAAUGGAGGAGGAUUCUUCUCUUUUUUAAUGUACAAAUCAUGGUUCUUUGGAGCAGGAUUAUGUACCAGAAUGGUGUUUACAUGUUGGGGGGUUUUCCAUCUCUAAUAACAGUUUGGUUUUGUGGGGGUUUUUUUCCCCAGAAGGAAAUGGAAACUUUGUGAAUAAUUUUUGUACUAAAAAUUUAAGGACCUAUUGCCUACUCUCAGAGGAUUAUGUUAGCCCUGCAGUGGAAACUGAGCCAGCUAAUUUAUAAAGCUGCCUUAGUUUAUUUUUAGAGAAUACUGUACAGAAUUUUUAAACAGGGAGAGGUAGAUAUCACCCUCCCUUCCCUGCCAUUGCCUCUUUGAGCUUUCUUUUUUUAAUUAUUAUUAAUACCAAAAGAGUUCUUA